GUUUCUCAGGUGAGUCAUCUGAGAAAUGUUGUCAAUGCUCGGGUUUGUGUCGACAUCAGAGUUUCAUGAGUGUUUGUUUCGUUUCCUUUUUUUUUAAUUCUGUGGAGGCGCUAAGGGUACCUGUAUUUGACUACCAGGAAGUAAUUCUUUAGUUACUUUCGUGAGGACUUCCUUUGGAGGACGGAAAGCUUGUGUUUCACUCCUUGUGCGGAAAGAACCCUCCUUUUUAAAUAAGACGGACACUUUUUUUUUUUCUUCUCAAUUUGACUUCAGAUUUCUUUCACACAACUUCUGCUUUUAACUGAGUGGGAAUCUCGAGGAGACGAUUAGAAUGAAUUUACUUUUUGGAUGCCACUUCGCAGCGCUCUUGUUUCUAGUUGGCUUUUUACACCUCACCGCUGGCCAGAGCACUGCCGACACCUGCCUGUCCAAAUUCGAUACAGGUAAAGACAACUUUAUGGUCAAUGCCAAUGAAUCGGUGAAUGAAGGGGCCACGUUUCUCUCCUCGCCGAAAGUGGGGAGUUACAUGGACUGCGUAGCGUCCUGCUGUAAGGACCCGAGGUGCAACGUCGCUCUGAUGGAGAACCAAGGCGAGGGCACCAUUAACUCCUGCUAUUUGUUUGACUGCUUAUACAACAAGAAAUACGCCUGCCGCUUUGUCAAGAAGUCAGGAUAUUUCAGUUACAUCCUGAAGUCUCUCUCUAAGGACUACUACAUAAAACACGAUGCUCCCACAGAAGAAAAAAAGGACUCUCCGCCAGUGGCCAUUGCUGGUUAUGACAUAGUGGUCCAGCCAAAAGAGUCUGUGAGACUGAGCGGCUUCCAGAGCAGAGAUGAAGAUCCGCAGACUUUGACCUUCAAAUGGACCAUGGUUACCAUUUACCCAUAUGCGAUCAUUGAGAAGUCAAAUUUUCCUGAUGAGAUCACUGUAUCCAAUCUAACUUCUGGAAAGUACAAGUUUAGCCUGACAGUCACGGACCAUGCUGGUCAGUCAGACAGCACUACGAUCAACGUCCUGGUCCUGACCCCUGACGAGUCAGAGCACCACUGCAUGGUUCCAAAGAAAGUUGGUCCGUGCCGUGGUUCAUUCAAACGCUGGCAUUACAACGCUGCCUCAGAGCAGUGUGAGGAGUUCAUCUUUGGGGGUUGCCUGGAGAAUAAGAACAACUACAUUAAGGAGGAGGAAUGCCGGAAAGCCUGUCAUGGCACAGGUGGUCCAUCUGGGCGAAGUCUGCAUGUUGCAGAAGAAAAGUGUGGAGCUCCAUGUACCACUGAUCAAUUCAAGUGUGAUAAUGGUUGCUGUUUGGAUAGAGGACUGAAGUGCGAUGACACUGCACAAUGCACGGAUGAAUCAGACGAGAAGAACUGCAAUGACUUUCAAAGCAACUUUCGUACUCUGUUGGACCUUAACUUGGCUGGAAAGAGAGCGUACUGUACGGAUGAGCCAGAAACAGGAACUUGCAGGGAUAGCUUUACAAAGUGGUACUAUGAUCCCCGGACGCAGAGUUGCACCCGCUUCAAUUACGGAGGCUGUGAAGGAAACGAUAACAGAUUUGAAUCUAAGGAACAAUGUAUCCGAGAAUGUCAUGGUGUGACAGAAAGCGAUAUAUUUGACAAACAGACCAAAGCUGAGAAACAAGAGACUGACUCCAAUACAAGUGUUGUUGCCAUUGCCAUUGUCCUGGGUAUAGCCAUCGUCAUUGUCCUUGCCAUCCUGGGGUACUGCUGGCUAAAGAACAGACAGCCCAGCCACACCCUGGUGUCUACUAACAGCAAACCUCUGUGAAACCAUCUUACUGUCAUCUAAUGCUUUAUCACAAACAAAGACUCUGUGUUUGGAAGUGCAGGAAGACUUGUUUUUUCUUCUAAUUAAGUCUGUAUGUGAAUAUGUUUUGAAGAGGAUGCAUACAAAAAGCAGAAAGUCUUUGGUGAAAUGUGAAGUGUUGCUUUAAGUGCUGCAUGCUACUGGAAUAAAUUGGCACAGGAAUCUGUAAGAUGAGGUUAUGUGAUUGAUUAGAACAUGGCAGAGCAUCAGAAGAAACCCUCCCAUUAGAAUACAAUAUUUGAUGUUUUCCCUCUUUCAUUUUAUAUCAGUUCUAAU